AUGCCCCGGGCCCUUGAACAAGCGGAUGGCAGAUGGGCCUGGGUAGUCCUGAUAGCCUCCCUGGUGACCCAGGCCCUCACUGUGAGCUUCCCUUCCUGUGUCGGUGUCUUCUUCACUGAUCUUCAGCGUGAGUUCCAGGCCAGCAACAGUGAGACCUCAUGGUUUCCCUCCAUCAUGGGGGCCAUGAUCCAUGGUGGGGGACCCCUGUGCGGCUUCCUGGUCAAACGUUUCGGCUGCCGAGUGACCGUAAUGCUGGGGGGUGUGCUGGCCAGCCUGGGCAUGGUGGCCAGCACCUUCUCUGGCUCGCUCACCCAGCUCUUCCUCACCGCAGGACUGAUCACAGGCCUGGGCAUGUGUUUCAGCUUCCAGUCAAGUAUCACAGCAGUGGGCUUGUAUUUUGUCCGCCACCGGCCACUAGCCAACGCAUUGGCCUCCAUAGGAAUCUCCGUGGGCGUCACCCUCUGGCCGCUGCUGGCCCGAUACCUUCUGGAAACCCUUGGCUGGAGGGGCGCCUUCCUCAUCUUCGGUGGCAUCUUUCUCCACUGUUGUGUAUGUGGAGCCAUCCUGAGGCCUGUUGCCACCAAUGCGGUCCCUGAGCCCAAAGAAGAUCCCCUUCUACCUCCCAAGACACCUAAACGCAGCUGCCUGGCAACGUGUGUCUCAACCAUCCAGUACCACCUGGCCUUUGACAUCCUUCGGCACAAUAUGGACUUCUGCAUAUACGUCACGGGCACGACAUGGAUGAUCCUGGGUUUUCCACUGCCGCAUAUCUUUCUGGUGCCGUACGCUAUGCAUCAUGGGGUGGAUGAAUAUUGGGCAGCCAUGCUCAUGUCCACUGUCGGCUUCUGCAACAUCUUCUUGCGGCCAGCGGCAGGACUGCUGGCAGGCAGGAAGAGCUUGGCUGCCUACCGGAAGUACCUGUUUGCCUUGAUGAUCCUCGUCAAUGGGCUCACCAAUCUAAUUUGCACAGUGUCAGCAGACUUCCGGGUGCUCCUGGGCUAUUCCCUGGUGUACAGCCUGUCCAUGUGUGGAAAUGGAAUCCUCAUCUUCCAGGUUCUAAUGGACAUUGUCCCGAUGGAUCGUUUCCCCAGUGCCCUGGGCCUCUUCACCAUCCUGUGUGGUGUGGCUUCUCUCGUCUCUCCACCAUUGGCUGGUCUGCUGCUGGACAAGACCAACAACUUCAGCUAUGUUUUCUACAUGUCGAGCGGCUUCCUCGUCUCAGGCUCCCUUUUCUUGGGUGUGGGCUUCUAUGCCGCAGAGAAGAAGAAGAAGAAGAAGUUGAAGUUGAAGCAAGAUGGGCAAGCCAAGAUGGAGGAUGCCACCUCAGAAAUUACCUCAAUGCACGGUCUUACCUCAGAAGACAAGGACAGUGCCAAGAAGCAACCAUACCCUGAAACCAUCUAUGUGACCAGUGUCUGA